CAAUUGCCUUGUAUCAGAGACUUUCAACUCCUUUUGGACGCCGUUCAAUUCCAUCUGAAAUGGCUCGCUUGACUUACAUCUCCCUACUUGGUCUUGCCAGCUCCGUUCUUGCUGCUCCUCAGCCGGCAUUGACUGGAACUGAAGGCACGAUUGCUUCAACCGUCCGAAUUGCCGGCCCUACAGCUGCUCCCAACAUUCACGGUCUCGAGAUUGCUGCCGCUCCCCAGUUCUUGACCAUCACUGUCAUUAACAGCCACGGUGAUGCCAUCUCGACCUCGCACGCUCACGAUCCCAACGGACCUUCUGCCGUGUCGGGCAAUGUAGGUCCCGGCACCAUGGCCAAUGGCGCCACUGCUGCUUUUGCCGUUCCAACUGGAUGGAUUGGCAAUGUCGCCAUCAACGACGCUGGCUGGGCCAUUACUGGCGAUGAUUCCCUGAUUGAGGGUAACUUUGUUGUUCCUCAGGGAUCUUCUGAAGCCGUGGCCGAUGUUGAUGUCUCUUAUGUUAACGGAUUCUCUGUUGCCAUUGUUUGCUCUUGCAACGGACAGGUUGUGACUGGUUGCAACAAGAACUUGUUCAACCUCAACUCUUGCGGCAACAACGACGGGCAAAAUGCCUGUGUUAACCCGCUCCGAAGCGAUGAAGGAGCCACGUCUGCUGCCCCCUUCUUCGCCCCCUGCCAGCACGCCGCCUGGACGUAUGUUAACGACGGCGCUGCCAACUCUUUCGGACAGUGCCAGUCUGGCCAAAUCACUUGCUGUGUUGGAGCUGCUUGCCCUCCUAACCCUAGACAGCCAUAAAAUCUUGGCGAUUGAGGCUUAGACUUGAGACGAAGAGAAUGUUGCUGGUGCUACUAUAAAGUAGUGUUGGGAAUCUUAUCCCUGUCUUUGAUCAUAAAUUGUCCAAAGUAUUUAUUCUUCUUCACAGUCGUUAUGUAAAUAGCUACGCAAAGUACAUAGUUAC